AUGGCUCCUUGGCCUGAGUUGGAAAAUGCCCAGCCAGACCCCAAUAAAUAUAUCGAUGGGGCUACAAAACAGCAGUCUUCCACACCUGCAAAAGGCGAACAGACCUCCAAAAAUGCCCCUGGGGGUCCUGUAACCAAGAUGGAACUUCUGCCUUCCUACUCCACUGUGGCAUUGAUUGAAGAGCCCACGGAGGUAGAUGAUCCCUGGGAUCUGCCGGCACUUCGGAAUUCGGGGACCAAGUGGUCAGAGAGAGACACCAAAGGGAAGAUUCUAUGUAUAUUCCAAGGGAUUGGGAAAUUCAUUCUCCUCCUGGGAUUCCUCUACUUGUUCGUGUGCUCCUUGGAUGUCCUUAGCAGUGCCUUCCAGCUGGUUGGAGGAAAGGUGGCCGGGCAGUUCUUCAGUGACAACUCAAUGCUGUCCAACCCUGUGGCAGGGCUGGUGAUUGGAGUGUUGGUGACUGUCAUGGUGCAGAGCUCCAGUACCUCCUCAUCUAUCAUUGUCAGCAUGGUGGCUUCUUCAUUGUUGACCGUGCGUGCUGCCGUUCCCAUCAUCAUGGGGGCCAACAUUGGAACUUCCAUCACCAACACUAUCGUGGCACUCAUGCAGGCAGGAGACCGGAAUGAAUUCCGAAGGGCUUUUGCGGGCGCCACCGUCCAUGACUUCUUCAACUGGCUGUCUGUGCUGGUGCUCCUGCCCCUGGAGGCCGCCACCAAGUACUUGGAGCUCCUGACCAACCUCAUCGUAGAGUCCUUCCACUUCAAGAAUGGCGAAGACGCCCCAGAACUUCUCAAAGUGAUCACUGAUCCAUUCACAAAGCUCAUUAUCCAGCUGGAUAAAAAAGUUAUCAACCAAAUUGCAAUGAAGGAUGAAGCAGCCCAAAACAUGAGUCUGGUCAAGAUUUGGUGCAAGACUUUUACCAAUAUGACUGAGAUGAAUGUCACCGUCCCCUCGUCUGAGAACUGUACUUCCCCUUCCCUCUGUUGGUAUGAUGGUCUUGAAUUCUGGACCACGAAGAACGUGACGUACAAGGAGAACAUUGCUAAAUGUCGCCAUAUCUUUGUGAAUUUCAACCUCCCGGAUCUUGCCGUCGGCAUCAUCUUGCUCAUCAUCUCCUUGCUGGUCCUCUGUGGCUGCCUGGUCAUGAUUGUCAAGCUCCUCAACUCUGUGCUGAAGGGACAGGUUGCCAUUGUCAUCAAGAAGACCCUCAACACUGAUUUCCCCUUUCCCUUUGCCUGGCUGACUGGUUACCUGGCUAUCUUCGUGGGGGCGGGAAUGACCUUCAUUGUGCAGAGCAGUUCCGUGUUCACGUCAGCCUUGACUCCGCUGAUUGGCAUUGGUGUGAUAACCAUUGAGAGGGCGUACCCACUCACACUGGGUGCCAACAUCGGUACCACCACCACCGCCAUCCUGGCCGCCUUAGCCAGCCCAGGCAAGACAUUGAAGAGUUCGCUCCAGAUCGCCCUGUGCCACUUCUUCUUCAAUAUCUCCGGCAUCUUGCUGUGGUACCCAAUUCCAUUCACCCGCCUGCCUAUCCGCCUGGCCAAGGGGCUGGGCAACAUCUCUGCCAAGUACCGCUGGUUUGCCAUCUUCUACCUGGUCUUCGUUUUCCUUCUGACCCCACUGGCAGUGUUUGGCCUCUCCCUGGCCGGCUGGCCGGUGCUGGUAGGCGUGGGUGUUCCCAUCAUCCUCUUACUGCUCCUAGUAGUGCUCCUCCGGCUCCUACAGUUCCGCUGCCCAAGUAUCCUGCCCCAAAAGCUCCAGAACUGGAACUUCCUGCCCCGCUGGAUGCACUCGCUGAAGCCCUGGGACAACCUCGUCUCCAUGGUGACCAGCUGCUGCCAGAGGCGCUGUUGUUGCUGCUGCCGCGUGUGCUGCCGUGUGUGCUGCCUGCUGUGUGGCUGUCCCCAAGGGUGUCGCUGCAGCAAAUGCUGCGAAAAUCUGGACGAGGUCCCGGAGCACUCCAAGGACAUCCCCAUCAAGGGCCCCGAGGCCUUCGAUAACAUGGUCAUACAUGGCCAGCAGGCCCAGGUUGGGGCCAAGUCCAUCUCCAACAGCACAGCAUUAUAG